AUGUCUGCAAUCUUAAAACAAAGAGUUAGAUAUGCUCCAUACUUGAGUAAAUUGAGAACCGCCGAAGAAUGUAUCCCAUUGUUCAAACAUGGCCAAUAUUUAGGUUGGUCUGGUUUCACCGGUGUUGGUGCUCCAAAAGUCAUUCCCACUGCUUUAGUUGACCAUGUUGAGAAAAACAACUUGCAGGGCAAGUUGGCCUUCAACUUGUUUGUUGGUGCUAGUGCUGGUCCCGAGGAAAAUCGUUGGGCCGAAAACUCUAUGAUCUUGAGAAGAUCUCCCCAUCAAGUCGGUAAACCAAUCUCAAAUGCCAUCAAUGAUGGAAGAACUGCUUUCUUUGAUAAACAUUUGUCCAUGUUCCCCCAAGAUUUGACCUACGGUUACUACACAAGAUUCAAGGAAAACGAUUUACUAGACUACACCAUCAUUGAAGCCACUGCCAUCACAGAAAAUGGUUCAAUUGUCCCUGGUCCUGCUGUCGGUGGUUCCCCAGAAAUGAUCUCUGUCUCCGAUAAAAUCAUCAUUGAGUUAAACACAAAAACUCCAUCUUUCGAAGGUCUUCACGACAUUGAUAUGCCAAUUAAUCCUCCCUACAGACCUCCUUACCCAUACAAAAGAGUCGAUGACAAAUCUGGCUUACAGUCCAUUCCUGUUGAUCCAAACAAAGUUGUUGCCAUUGUCGAAUCAACCCAAGGUGAUAUUGUUCCACCAAAUACCCCCUCUGAUGCCAUGUCAAGAGCAAUUGCUACACAUUUAAUCAACUUUUUUGAAGAAGAAGUCAAAGCUGGUAGAAUGCCUGUCAACUUACAUCCUUUACAAUCUGGUAUUGGUAAUAUUGCUAACGCUGUCAUUGAAGGUUUGGCCACUGCUUCCUUCAAAAACUUAAACGUCUGGACUGAAGUUUUACAAGACUCCUUUUUGGAUUUCUUUGACAAUGGUGCCUUGGACUACGCUACCGCCACUUCCAUUAGAUUAACAGAAAAUGGUUUCAAAAGAUUCUUUGAAAACUGGGACUCCUUCUCCCACAAAUUGUGCUUAAGAUCCCAAGUUGUUUCAAACUCCCCAGAAAUCAUUAGAAGAUUAGGUAUCAUCGCCAUGAACACCCCCGUUGAAGUCGAUAUUUACGCUCACGCCAACUCAACUAACGUUAACGGUUCAAGAAUGCUUCAUGGUAUUGGUGGUUCUGCUGAUUUCUUAAGAAAUGCUAAAUUAUCCAUCAUGCACACUCCAUCCGCCAGAAAAUCAAAGACUGACCCAACUGGUAUCUCCUGUAUUGUUCCUUUUGCUUCCCAUGUCGAUCAAACUGAACACGACUUAGAUAUCUUGGUCACUGAACAAGGUUUGGCUGAUUUAAGAGGUUUGUCUCCAAAAGAAAGAGCUAAAGAAAUUAUCAAUAACUGUGUUCAUCCUGACUUCAAAGAUCAAAUAGCUGAAUACUACAAGAGAGCUGAAUUUUACGCCCAAAAGACAAAAUCCCUCCAUGAACCUCAUAUCUUAAGAGACGCCUUUAAAAUGCACAUAAAUUUCGAAGAUAAUGGUACCAUGAAAUUAAAAUCCUGGGAUUAA